AUGCUCAUCGCCGGCGGCGCCUCCAUCGCCGUCGCGCACCCUCCGCCGGCCGCCGCAGCGCUGCGGCGGGCCGCCGGCGCCGCCGACGGAGGCGCGCUCGAGGCCAUGCUCGCGCGGCUCGGCGACUCGGCGGCCCGGGAGGUGGACGAGGCGCUCGACGAGAGCGGCCGCUCUCCGCUGCACCACGCCUGCUGGCGCGGCGCGCUCUCCAACGUCGAGCGGCUGCUCGACCUCGGCUGCGACCUCGACGCGUGGUCGACCGGCGACCACAGCUACGGCAAGACGCCAAUCUUUUACGCGGUGACGCGCUGCCGGAGCGACGUGGUGUCGCUGCUGCUGCGGCGCGGCGCGCGCACCCGCCUUCUCAACAACAAGGGGCAGAGCGUCCUCUCUCUCGCCGCCACACACCUCUCGCCCGCGGCGGUGGCCGCGGUGGAGAGCGCGGAGCGGGCCGAGCCGGCGGUAUUGCCGCCGCCGCUGCGGAUGCGGAUCGAAGCGCUGCCGGAGGACCGGAGGCCGCUGCUCCGGCCGGGUGGCUGGCUCGACUUCAAGGCUCGCUUUGACGACGGCCAGGUGUACGGCGACCUCGACCCUCGCUUCCACCCUGAGGCGGAGGGAGAUGUGGUGACGCGGCUCGCUGUCAACCCGACAACCGCAGAGAGCCGCCGCAAAAAGAACCGCGGGCGCAAGCCGAUCGCCGCGCCGAGGGGGGGCGACGCGGCGGAGGGGCCGGCGCCGCCGCUGCCGGUGGGCCGCGCCGGACGGCCUGGAGACGCCGACUCGUCCGCCGCCGUGGCAGCUGCGAUCGACGCCGCGGUGGCACCGCUCGAGGCGUGGCUUGCGGCGCGCGGCGCCGCUGUGGCAUUGGAGGAGGUGGCGGGGGAGGAGGCGGCGGCCGGCGCGCGCCGCCUGCCUGUGCAGCUCGCCGUCACGGAGGGCAGCGGGGAGGCUGCAUUCGUCUGCGACGCGCUGCAGCGCGGCCCGGCGGCGGCGCAGUACCUGUCGGCACUCGGGUCGGAGCUGCGCUCGCUGCUGCUCUCUCCAGCGCCGCCGCUGCCGGUCGGGUUCGCCUUUGCGGCGGACGCGCAGAAGCUGGCGGCGUGGCUCCGCGAGGCGGAGGCGGCGGGCGGAGAGGCGGAGGCGGCGGGCGGAGGCGGCGAGGCGGAGGCGGUGGGCGGCGAGGAGGAGGGUCGCGCGCUUGUGCGGCGGAUCCGGGAGGCGACUGUCGAUGUGCAGCGGCUUGCGGAGGACGCGGGGCUCGGGUCGCGCUCGCAGGCGCCGUCGCUGCAGGCGGCGUGCGCGCACUGGCUGUUGCAGCGGCUCGACAAGCAGGAGCAGUGCUCGGACUGGGCGGCUAGGCCGCUGAGCGAGGAGCAGGCGGCGUACGCGGCGACCGACGCGGCGGCGUGCUUGCGCGUGCUGGACGCCAUGGAGGCGGACUGGGGCGAGGAGGAGGCGGCGCCGCCGCUGGACGCGAGGCUGCGAUGGGCCUGGCACCCUGGCUGCGACCCGCUCGACGACGACGCGAGGCGGCUAACGUGGUGGAACGGGCUGUAG